UAAGAGCAUCGGUUCACCAGUAACCUGUGGAUAUAACUGCAACUGCACUUUGUUCGCUUACGAAUGGUUUUGCUGGCUGUCUUUGGGAAUACAAGACUACGCUAUUUUCUGGACUCCAGGGAGGCAUGAGUGUGGGAAGGAUCAAACGCUACAGCAUCGUAUCUUCAGAGGAAGAGGGACUGCGUCUUACCACCAUGCCUGGGGUAAACGGCUUCGGCAACGGAAAAAUCCACACUCGGCGAAAGUGCCGCAACCGCUUUGUCAAGAAGAACGGUCAGUGCAAUGUCCAGUUUGCCAACAUGGAUGACAAAUCUCAGCGGUACAUGGCUGACAUUUUCACCACCUGCGUGGACAUCCGCUGGCGGUACAUGCUCCUCCUCUUCUGCCUGGUGUUUGUGAUCUCCUGGCUAGCAUUCGGGUUAGUCUUCUGGGUGAUUGCCCUGGUGCACGGGGACCUGGACAACCCUACUGGUGAUGAGAAUUUUACACCGUGUGUUCUGCAGGUCAAUGGAUUUAUUGCAGCCUUCCUCUUCUCCAUCGAGACCCAGACCACUAUUGGCUACGGCUUCCGAUGUGUAACAGAGGAAUGCCCCAUUGCUGUCUUCAUGGUGGUGUUCCAAUCCAUCGUGGGGUGCAUAAUUGACUCGUUCAUGAUUGGUGCAAUCAUGGCAAAAAUGGCCCGGCCCAAGAAAAGAGCCCAGACUCUGCUGUUCAGCCACAAUGCUGUAAUCGCCAUGAGAGAUGGGAAGCUAUGCUUGAUGUGGCGAGUCGGGAACCUCAGAAAGAGUCAUAUUGUGGAGGCACAUGUCAGGGCACAGCUGAUCAAGCCUCGGGUCACAGAGGAGGGGGAAUACAUACCUCUAGACCAAAUAGAUAUCAAUGUUGGCUUUGACAAAGGUCUUGAUCGAAUUUUUCUGGUUUCCCCCAUCACGAUCCUUCACGAAAUUGACGAAGAGAGCCCACUGUUUGGAAUCAGCAAACAGGACUUGGAAACAGCUGAUUUUGAGAUUGUGGUGAUCCUUGAAGGUAUGGUGGAGGCAACAGCGAUGACCACACAGGCACGCAGCUCAUACCUGGCCACAGAGAUCCUGUGGGGCCAUAGAUUCGAACCUGUUCUCUUUGAGGAGAAAAACCAGUACAAAGUAGACUACUCUCACUUUCAUAACACCUACGAGGUGCCGUCAACCCCUCGCUGCAGUGCCAAGGACAUGGUUGAGAAUAAGUUUCUGGUUCCAAGCACCAACUCAUUCUGCUAUGAGAACGAGCUUGCCUUCAUGAGCAGGGAUGAGGAAGAUGAGGAAGACAGUGACAGGGUACUCGAUGACCUGAGUCCAGAUGUCAACAGUCGACAGGAAUUUGAGAGACUACAAGCCUCUAUAGGAAUGGAUCAAAGGUCAUACCGAAGGGAAUCGGAGAUUUGACCUCCGUCUUCUGACUUGGAAUCGGCUUUUAACUAUAUUUCCUCAAAAAGUUUUGUUUUUGUUUUUCCUGAAUAAAUGCAGAACAAUGCAAGUGCCAUAGGAAAACUUAACUACUGUAAUAGCAAAGACAAAAGACAAGAGCUGUCUGGGAUGAGCUUGAAAAUUCUUUAGAAGCGAAAGAAAUGAAUGAGAGGAGAGCAGUGAGGGGAAGAACGGCUUAAAGAAUCGCCAGAGGACACUGAAGUCCCACGGGCCGCAAGCAGACCGCGCAGACGCAUCUGGGUCGAGCUGGAAGAAAUCUUAGGGGGGAUGAUGACCUGCAUCCGAAGAACCGGUCUCUGCGAAGGAACCGUAGUGAUGCACCCUAUGCGUUUAUUAAUCUUUCUCCGCAUCCUGUAUUCUGGGCCGAGACAAACGCUUCUCACCUUGACUUUUAAGAAAUAUUUAAAAAGCACACAGUGUUCUGCGUUUACAGUACUUCAAUGCGUUUAGGAAACAAGGACAAAAAAACGCUCUUCCCCACCUCUGAUGAAACCCCGAGAGCAGAGCGCAUCCAUUCAACACAUUUUUUAUGGGCUGGCAUCGACUAGGGGGGACCACAGACCCGUCGGGGGUUUUUGGAUGGAAUUGGGCGAGUCGGCAAAAUCCACGAUUACACUGAAUACAACAUGAUGAAUAAAGAUUAAAUAUAAAAAUAUUACUGCGCUAUCACUAUCUAUGACAAUUCGAUGUCAAAGUAAGCAAGGUAGAGUGAAAUAAAUUCAGUGCAAUAUUUUUUCACAGUUUAUUUAGGGACAUUUUGCUGGGG